AUGGUAGCCUUAAUGGAUCGAUUUGCAAUGACUCAUGGACUUCGUAUUCCAAAUCUCGCAAAAUGUCUUCAUAUCAAUCAAAUAUGGAAUAAGGAAGCAAAACGUGAGUUCUUUAUAAGGCAAGAAAAACUUGAAGAUAUAUUUUGGGAAUUAGAUUCAGAAUUAGAAGAAGCUAGAGAAGAAUAUGCCUGGUGGAUUGGUGGAGCUAAUCCGAAAAUCGAAGACCCUUAUGUAAGAAUAAAUUCUUUGAAUAGUAAGUUGUUUGGAAUUAUUAAAAGACUGCAAGAAUUAGAACAUUACAUGUUGAGUAAUAAUAUCAUUGAUAGAAUAGAGGGGGCACAUUAUAUGUAUGGGUUGAAUGAAGAUAUUGCGAGGGUUUUUCUUGUGGAUGCGAAUGAUGAUCAAAUUGUAAUUACAGAGAACAUAGUUUUUAUAAAUGCAACGACUAAAAAAGAAAUUUUAGCUGUAGACGUUAAGGGCAAAAAAAGUUAUCUCAUAACUUGGAUACAUAGCUACGAGUUAUCUGUAGAUGGCGAAAAAAUUUUUAUGCUAAGUCAACGGAAAGAGCAACGUGGUUCGUUUGGAUUGGGGGAUUAUUUGGUAUAG